ACAGAGCAGAUCCAGUGAGACAGUGAGGAACAGAGACAAGGGACUUUUUUUACCUCUCCACCUGUGGAUGACUUCCUAAGCAACACAUCAGCAAAGCUCUCUUUUUUUAAUAUUUUAAAUCGGAUUACAAAACCAGGAUUUCUCUCUCAACUCAAGGUUUAUCAUGAAGCUCUUCCUGUUGACGGUGGCUGCGCUGCUCCUGGUGGUAGGAGAGAUCACUGCAGACAGAAUCCUGUCUAGAAGGACCAAGAGGGAACUUGCCAGUCCGCUCCAUGUUGGAGGCAUCAGGGACCCGUUUGGCUCCUACUGCCAGAGGAGAGGAGGCUGCUGUCCAGGCAGAGAUGAUCUGUGCACGGUGCCCUACCUGGACACCAUCUGCUACUGCGACCUGUUCUGCAACCGCACUGUCUCCGAUUGCUGCCCCGACUUCUGGGGUCAUUGUCUCGGUGUGGAGCCACCUUUCAUAGGCACCUGUGAAAGGAAUGGAAACAAGUUCUUCUCGGGGCAAACGUACAAAGAGAACUGCAAUUUAUGUACAUGCGGGACGACAGGACGCUGGGAGUGUGAACAGAACGCCUGUCUGAUGGAUCCUGACAUGAUCCAUGCUGUCAACAGAGGAAACUAUGGGUGGAAGGCAGCGAACUACAGUCAGCUUUACGGCAUGACUCUAGACGAGGGCAUCCGGUACCGCCUGGGCACACAGAGACCCUCCAGGACUAUUAUGAACAUGAAUGAAAUCCAGAUGAACAUGGAUCCUCAGAGUGACCGUCUGCCGCUUUACUUCAACUCAGCAGAGAAGUGGCCGGGAAAGAUUCAUGAGCCACUGGACCAGGGCAACUGUGCUGCAUCCUGGGCUUUCUCAACUGCAGCUGUGGCAUCAGACAGAAUCUCCAUCCAGUCAAUGGGUCACAUGACUCCUCAGCUGUCCCCACAAAAUCUUAUCUCCUGUGACACGCGUAACCAGGGAGGCUGUGCCGGAGGACGCAUCGAUGGAGCCUGGUGGUACCUCCGACGCAGAGGAGUGGUGACAGAGGACUGUUAUCCGUACCGACCCCCACAGCAAACACCAGCAGAGGUUGGCCGCUGUAUGAUGCAGAGCCGCUCCGUCGGUCGGGGAAAGAGACAGGCCACACAGCGCUGCCCCAACACACACAACUACCAAAACGACAUCUACCAGUCCACGCCGCCCUACAGGCUCUCAUCCAAUGAAAAGGAGAUCAUGAAGGAGAUUAUGGAUAAUGGCCCUGUUCAAGCUAUUAUGGAGGUCCACGAGGACUUCUUUGUCUAUAAGAGUGGGAUCUACAAACACACUGACGUCAGCUUCACCAAACCUCCACAAUACCGCAAACACGGCACACACUCAAUCAGGAUCACUGGGUGGGGAGAGGAGAGAAACUUUGAUGGGACAUCAAAAAAAUAUUGGAUUGCUGCCAACUCCUGGGGGAAAAACUGGGGAGAGAACGGCUACUUCCGAAUCGCUCGCGGAGACAAUGAGUGUGAGAUUGAAACAUUUGUGAUUGGUGUGUGGGGCAGGAUCACGAUGGAGGACAUGCACAACCAUCAUCACCACCAUCGUCGCCGACACAUUUAGACACAACAAAUGUUAAAACCCCACAAAGACCUUUGUUUUUAAUACCACCUAUAGAUGUUUUUUUACCCCAAAGGAGAACCACACACCAAGAGUCUCAGUACAUCCCUGUACCAAUUAAGCUGGCCAGCCACAAAAUCAAUCCCAGAGUCCCCGAACCCUCUCUUUUUACACCUUACUUUACUCUGGCGAUCAAUACAACCCGUCUUCUCCUCCAUCUUUAACCCCCUUAACAGAACAACCUCCCCACUCUUCAUAUAACUCAAGGUUUAUGGCACCAAAAAACAAAGAGUAACUAAGAUAAAGCUCUUUUAAGUUGCCUUACAUUUAGGCACCUCAGGUACCUACUGAUCCGAAGACAACACUUCCCAAAAUCCUCAGCGUAACAUCAGGUGACACAUGUUCAUGUCAAAGUGAGGGGAUGACAGAAAAGAGAAGCUUUACAUUCUUCUUUGCGCUUCAUUGUCAACCUUUAGUCCUUUCUAAAUCCAGACAGACACCUUGGAAAAGAGGAAAUCCGAGAGCCAGAUUAUCAGACAUGCAGUCCUUUCAGAGAGACACACCCAGCCAAAGUGCGUAACAUGAUAAUAUAUCAUAGAUGACCUUACUGACAUUAACCUGUCAGCGAUACGGGGGCACAGCUUGGCUCAUUCCUUCAGUUUUAGAGAAGACACUUGUACGGAGUUAGUAGCUGCAGGCAGUGGAGUUUCUCACACAUUCCAGUAAAAAGUGUACAAGUGGACACUGGAAACUCUUUUUGAUGUGGAGUAGAUAAUUACAAAAUUUGGGGAAGAUUUUUACUGCAGUCAACAGCCCAACGACACAGGACAUUUGAAAUGAACUGUGUGUAGGAUUUAGUGGCGUCCAGUGGUGAGGAUUGCAAAUUGCAACUAGCUGAAACCUUGUGCCAAGCGUGGACUCCUGGUCCACAGAGGUCUCCUCCUCUCCAAAAGAAAUUAAUCUGAUUAUUAAAACCGGUAAGAUAACGGAAUAAAGCAGUUUCACGUUACAAAUCAGUGUUUCUCUGAUGCUGUUCGGUUCAUAGCAGAUGGGCCUUUAGUCCAGCAACUGCUAAUGUGUGCUCAUCUUUUUUCUCUGAUGAACUAAGAUCCAGAUGUUCAGGAGGUUUUUACUGAGAACCAAAUUAUCCACAGAGGUCUCUUCCUCUCCAAACAAACAAGACCUGUUGAUUUAAACCAGCAAGAACACUGAAUAAAGCAAUAUCAUAUUAAAAAUCAGUGUUUUUUCAAUGCUGCUUGUCGCUGAUGGGCUGCUAACUA